AUGGCGCCCUGGGAGAUCUUUGACCAGGUGUUCUCCUUCAACAAGAAGUACACCUAUGAGUCCAAGGUUUUUGAACAGAUCCUUGCCAAUCGGCGUGCCUUCGAGAACCAGCUCUUCGCCGACCGACUGCUAAAACUGCUUGGUAUCCAAGGAGUGACAAAGGUCUAUCCUCCCAAGAGCAAUGCGGAUCUUCGAGAACUUUUCAAUCAUAUCGUUUCCUCGGAACUGGAUAUCGAACACAAACAAUCUCUAGUCUACUACGUCCUCAAAGAUUGUCGCGCUGCUCCAGAAGCUCCAAUUCAGUAUGCGCAACAAUGCCAUCUACCAGAGAAAUACCGUCUCUUCAUUGAGGGCCUUUGGCACCUUGAUCGACUUGAUUUCCGGCGAGCACUCGAGUACCUCACUGAGCCAUCACUCAUUCCGACCUUCCCGGAUGAAAUUCUCUACGCCCUGGCUCUCACCAAGCUUCCGCGACACGACGAUAGCCUCGCAAUCGCAUACUACCUCACUGUAGCUCCUCCUCUGGCCAGCGAAAAGGUUCGCAAAGCUUUCUUCGAAACUCUUAGCCGAUCCAAUCUCACUGAGGCGUUCUACUUCACACGCAAGUACGAUGAUGCCCACCGUCAGAGCUUCUUUGAGCAGCUGGUGGAAUUUGUUCAUAAGGCUAGUCCUGGCCAGACCAGAAGCCGGCGCGCUAUGGAACUGGUCGGGCUGCCGCUGGAUGAGGAUGAGGAAGCAUGGUUCGAAUCAGUACUGCUGCACGGCAAUGCCAGCACACUUCCCGGGGCCAAGGAUACCGUCAUGAUGCGACGUCUCGCAACCGGGCAACUUUCCGAUGUUUCCCCCGAGCUUGAAUCUUUGAGUGGCAAGAAGGUGGAUGGUUUGAACUGGGAUAACCUUCGAGGUAGCAUAAGACACGUGUAG